CCCUAAGUGCAGCCCAGAUGAGAGAGAAGCAGCUAUCAGGAGCUGGCGAGCCCAGGAGGCCUCCCCUCCCGCCGCGGGAUUGAAAAGGACGAAACGCAGACCUGAGAACUCGCCGCGCGCGGGCUCCCGCUCAGGACGGCAGAGAGCAGCGACCUCGCACCAAGCGCGGGUUCCCCAGCAGCCACCGGAGAACGAAGCGGCCUCAAGGCCUCAGGCAGAGCCCAGCUAGGAGAGGGGAAGGAAGCCCAAGUACCGGGAGACAGUCCCCGGCACGGCGCCGCGGCGCUAGAAGCGCGCCGACCGUUUGUAUUCGCGGCGGCGGGUUCCAGCCCGCCACGCACCGCGGCCGGACCUUCAAGGCGGCGCUGCUCCGCGCUCCGGGAUUCCGCGCUGCAGAUUCCACUCGCCGUUCGUCCAGGCCCUGAGGGGCCGUGAGUCCAUCGAGAGCAACGGCCAGUUGGAGAUUAAGUUGCAGAUUAGAAGUCAGUAUAAUUUGGAUGGUCAGAGUGGCUCAGAUCUCGAAGCGAGAAACAAGCAAUCUAUGGCGAAUCUGCAAUAGCAGGAAUUACAAUGCUUCUUCUUUAAGGGGCAGAACUCCAACGUCACUUCCGGCAACAAUAGGAAAUGUCAACUGGGACAGUCGGCAGUGCUGACUCCAGCAGCUUGAGGUGCUGUGUGUUCCCAGGGGUCUAGUGGUGUUUCUGGCAACGUCAACACCGUCGUCUUCACCGGCGUGAACACGUGAAGUUUGGACAGGCUUCUCCAUGGCCUGGGCACCAGUUCCCGGCUAAGUCACUUUCUUUUUGGCUAAAAGCCCCCACCUAGAGGCCGAUUCGUCGCGGCGGCGGUGGAGAUCGCAGGUCGCUCAGGCUUGCAGAUGGGUCAAGGGCUGUGGAGAGUGGCCAGAAACCAGCAGCUACAGCAGGAGGGCUACAGUGAGCAAGGCUACCUCACCAGAGAGCAGAGCAGAAGAAUGGCUGCAAGCCACAUUCCUACCAGCAGCCAUCGCAAGCAAGUCCAAGGAGGCAUUGACAUCUACCAUCUUCUGAAGGCAAGGAAGUCUAAAGAACAAGAAGGAUUCAUUAAUUUGGAAAUGUUGCCUCCUGAACUGAGCUUUACCAUCUUGUCCUACCUGAAUGCAACUGACCUCUGCUUGGCUUCCUGUGUCUGGCAGGACCUUGCUAAUGAUGAGCUUCUCUGGCAAGGGUUGUGCAAAUCCACUUGGGGUCACUGUUCCAUAUACAAUAAGAAUCCACCUCUAGGAUUUUCUUUUAGAAAAUUGUAUAUGCAGCUGGACGAAGGUAGCCUUACCUUUAAUGCCAACCCAGAUGAGGGGGUAAACUACUUCAUGUCCAAGGGUAUCCUAGAUGAUUCACCAAAGGAAAUAGCAAAGUUUAUCUUCUGUACAAGAACACUAAAUUGGAAAAAACUGAGAAUCUAUCUUGAUGAAAGGAGAGAUGUCUUGGAUGACCUUGUAACAUUGCAUAAUUUUAGAAAUCAGUUCUUACCAAAUGCACUGAGAGAAUUUUUCCGUCAUAUCCAUGCCCCUGAAGAGCGUGGAGAAUAUCUUGAAACCCUUAUAACAAAGUUCUCACAUAGGUUCUGUGCUUGUAAUCCUGAUUUAAUGCGAGAACUUGGCCUUAGUCCUGAUGCUGUCUAUGUACUGUGCUAUUCUUUGAUUCUACUUUCGAUUGACCUCACUAGCCCUCAUGUGAAGAAUAAAAUGUCAAAAAGAGAAUUUAUCCGAAAUACCCGUCGUGCUGCACAAAACAUUAGUGAAGAUUUUGUAGGGCACCUUUAUGACAACAUCUACCUUAUUGGCCAUGUGGCUGCAUAAAAGCACAAUUGCUAGGACUUUAACUUUUUACUUCAGACUAAAGCUAUCCAAGGACUUAUUAGCAGAUGUGAGGUUAUAUCCAUGUUGGUCAUUGUAGCCUCUGUAUGCAAUCAAGCUUGAGUAUACAAUUUCUUUUUCCUUCCCUAUUUUCUUUUUUUAGUAAUUUCUUGGGGGAACUAAAUAAUUUUGCAGGAUUUUUCUUAAUUUUGCUUAUUAUGUUUUGCACAAAGCCGAGCCAUUAUCUGACCCAGCUGUUAAGGAAUCUUAAACUGACAUACACUAUAAUCUAUAAGACGGUAUAUUUGUGCAUUAGAUUUGCCUGAAAAUCUUUAUCCAUUUCCAUUUUUUAAAUACAGUGGACUGUGUACAUAUUUAACUAAAGAGAUUUAUAAUCAUAAUUAUUUUAUUGUGAAGAUUUUAACUAAAGUUUCCUUUUCUCUCAAACUGAGUUUUGAAAUUUAUUUGAUCAAAUCAAAGAAUAUUGUUAUCUGUAUAAGUUGGAUCUGACUUCAGCUAGAAACUAAUACCAGCUUUCCUUUUCUUUGAAUUUGAAAACAGUGUCAAUUUGUUACCAUAUUACUAUGCAAAACCAGCACUUACUGUAUAAUAUAAAUUUCUCAUUUGAUUUUUCAUUUUAAAAUCUUCCAGGUUAGUCAAGUCUUGGUGAGUUCUUUAAACCAUUUAGGAUUUUUUUUAAAGUGUGUUCAAAUUUAAGAUUUAUACUUAUAAGAACAGAAUAAAAUAAUAUUAGAACUCUGGUAAAUCUUUGCUUGCUUAUAUCUGAUUUAAUUAGUCAAGUGACUCUUUCCCUAAUCUUGAUGAUCUAUGAUCAGAAUCUGCUGAACGGGAUAAGGUGAAUGAUAGUAUGUACUCCUUAUUCAUUCAGUACGUCUCUAUCAAGGGCCUUCCACGUGCUGUGCCCUUUGCCGAAUACUGGAGAUAGCUAGCUCUGUAUUCACAGAUAUAGUAUGAUUGGGUAAUGAGAGGGAAAUACUACUAAAUGUAAAGCAAGUGGAUUAAUUAUAUCUUAACUGACAAUUAUUUUGUAAUUAAAAUGCACAUCAUUGGAUUAAUAGGGAACAUGCUUUAUAUAGUAAAUUAAAACUUACCCAUAAGUAAAAAGCAAAAGCUUUGGAGUGAUACAGUAUGUGAUGCAUGGAACUGCUAACUUACAGAAAUGCAGAAUCCUGGUUUUCAUCCAAAUCGGACCCCAAGUCAACAGGAGUUGCUAAUAUCACAACAAUAAAGAUAUACUACAGAUUUUUCAAUGAAAAA